AUGGUAACAAGUAUUGUUUCAAAUGGAAGUUUAAUAUCAGAAAAAUGGUUUAAAAUCUAUUCAAAAUAUUUAGAUAUAUUUGCUAUAUCAUGUGAUUCAUUUGAUGAUGAAUAUAAUCGACAAGCUGGACGAACAAAUGGUUAUGAAAAUCAUUCACAAAUUUUACAUGUACGUCGUGUAAGACAUUUAUGUCAACAAUAUGGUAUUAUAUUUAAAAUAAAUUCUGUUAUACAUGCACUUAAUUAUCAUGAAGAUAUGACAUAUGCAAUUGAAGAAUUUGAACCAAUACGAUUGAAAGUUCUUGAAUGUUUACUUAUUAAUGAAGAGAAUGCAGAAUUUUGUCAACAUCAUCAACAUUUAAAAUGUUUUGUAUCAGAAUCAAAUAUAGCUAUGAGAAAUUCAUAUUUGAUACUUGAUGAACAUAUGCGAUUUCUUGAUUGUAGAAAUGGACGUAAAGAUCUAUCACCAUCUAUACUUGAUGUUGGUGUUGAAGCAGCAUUAAAUCGAAGUGGUUUUGAUGAAGAAGUGUUUUUUAAACGUGAUGGUCAAUAUAAAUGGACAAAAGAUAUUAUAGAUUUAAAUGAUUGGUAA